AUGGCUGAAAAUGAGCAUCAUGAUAGGGACAUGGCAUCUGCUUAUUUCGAUUACUUGGCUGAAAAUGCUCAAUCAUGGGACACUUCUUGUGCUUAUGAUCAAACUGAACUUUUGAGGACCUUGAGUGGGGGAGGUAAAUAUGUUUUGAAUCGGGAGGACGAUUUGCAAGCGAAAUUUGCCUUAUUGUUGAAAAAAUUGGAGGCAAUUGAGUUAAAGAAAGUGCACGAAAUUCAAGGUAUUCCAAAACAAGAAAAAUGUAUCAUUUGUGAGGAUUCUUGUCGUGCAACAUCUGAGUGUCCUACUAUUCCAGCCUUUAAGGAAGUAUUGUUUGAUGCUUCUCACCAUGUUAACAUGAUUUAUGAGCCUUUUUCUACACCAUAUUCUAACACUUAUAAUGCAAGUUGGAGAAACCGCCCUAACUUUAGUUGGAGAAAUGAUCAUCCCACAAGUUCAGCACAUCCUAGAGCAGGUGCACCUCAAUAUUCAGUUCACACCCAGCAAAAUGCACAAAUUUCAGCACCUAGAAAACCCAUGGAUGACCCAUUUAAGCAAAUGGCCGCCACCCUUCAACAGUUCAUGCAAAGUCAAACCACCAUAAAUAACCAAACUUCUCAAGCCAUCAAUGACAUAAGGAAUAAUUUGACCAAGCUGAACACAACCAUGAAUGCACAAGAGAAAGGAAAAUUCCCAUCUCAAUCCCAACCAAAUCCUCAAGGCCAAAUUGCUGCCAUAGAGUCUUCAUCAUCUUCUGAAGCAAAUGUCAAAACUUGCAAGACCAUAAUGACUCUCUGUAGUGGUAAGGAGGUUGAUACAUUGAGUAAUGAAGCUGGCAAGAAAGGUGAAAUUUCCAUUUCCAAUGCACAAGGUAAAAAUUUUGAUGUUGAUGUUUCUUUGGAACCAAAGUUGAGCAAGAGGAGAAAGUCCUACGGGUCCUCAAGCAACAUAAAGGAGCACUUGGAUGCUAAGGAUUGGGUUUUUAAUUGGACUGAUGCAUGUCAAGUUGCUUUUGAGCAACUCAAAUCUAUGCUGGCCACUGCACCUAUAAUUCAACCACCUCACUGGUCAUUGCCAUUUGAAAUCAUGUGUGACGCCAAUGAUUUUGCCAUAGGUGUUGUCCUUGGUCAGCAAAGAGAUUCCUUUCAUGAUGAACAACUUCUAAUUGUUGAUUAUUUGCCUUGGUUUGUUGAUAUUGUAAAUUUCUUGGUAACAGGACACAUCCCACCACAUUGGAGCUCUCAAGACAUCAAAAAGUUCAAAUUGGAGGUCAAAUCUUUCUUUUAUGAUGACCCCUAUUUGUUCAAAUAUUGUUCUGAUCAAAUUUUGAGGAGGACAGCUUUUAAAACUGUCCUAGGCAUGUCUCACUAUCAUUUGGUUUAUGGUAAAGCAUGUCAUCUCCCAAUUGAGCUAGAACACAAGGCUUAUUGGGCUGUCAAACACUUUAACUUUUCUACUAACAAUUAUGGUGUUUUGAGGAAAUUGGAGCUAAAUGAAUUAGAAGAGUUAAGACACAAUGCCUAUGAUGAUGCCAAACUGUACAAGGAGAAGACUAAGGCUUUCCAUGACAAGCACAUUAUGAGAAAGAGUUUUCUCCCCAGUCGAAAGGUUAUCCUCUACAACUCUAGACUCCAUGUGUCUGCCAGUAAACUUCGAUCCAAAUGGAGGGGUCCUUAUAUUGUUCAGAUAGUGUUUCCCCAUAGGGCUAUUGAAAUCCUCAAUCCACACAAUGGUAAUAUCUUUAAGGUUAAUGGACACCGGCCCAAACCUUUCCUUGACUAUUUUUCACCAGAGGAUACCACUAUCCAUUUAUUGGACCCUGACCCUCUAGUCGAGCCUUGA